AAAUGCUAGAACGCCCGCAGAGCUUGAUUGGUCAGGUUGAGUUCAGGUGGAUGGAGAUGAUUCGCGAACUGGUCAGCGACCUGCGGACGAACGGCGCUUUGCAAUACACGUGAGUUCAGCUAAAGCGCCUGAAAGAUUGUCGCCGAGCACGCAUGUCUCGUGGCGUCGCAUGCAGUCCUGAUCACCACUUUCUUCAUCCCUGAACACUCACGUGCAGGGAAGACGUCACCUGGACUCAGCCAGUGGGUCUACUGUCCGCCGAGGCCGAACCUUUGGCGGCGCCAAAGCCUGACAUGGGCUUCGGGCUUCGAACGCAGCAAUCUUCCCAGCAAUAUCUGAGGGAGCGGCAUUCAGAGGCCGCAGUACUGUCGAGAAGCUAUCUGAAUGCACUCUCGCUUCGCCACGCGAUUCCUCCUUGGCCCUCGCCUGGCAUUCAAGAACUUGCUUUUCCCUGUAUCAUCCUCGAAGCCAAGUCCGACUCCCAGCCUCUUCUCUAUGCCGAGAAUCAAGCUGCAGGAGAGACUGCUACCUGUCUGAAGAUGAUCGAACGCCUGGAGGAAGUCUACUUUAACACGAAUGGACAACGUUUUUCUCCUCUUUCGGUCUUGGCGAUAUGCUCAGAGGGCCCAACCUUCGAAACUCUGAUCGCCUUUCAAAGUGACAUCUCAGAUGCAUCAAUCGCACAAAAUAUCCAUUUAGUCACAAUCUGGAAAGGCGACAUUACCGAUUAUUGGAACCUUUUCUUACUGCUCUUGCUCUCAAAGAGGGCCUCGUCUUGGGUCGAAGAGCGAUUUCGACCUAGUGUUGUAGCCAUGCUUGAAGGCCUGCGGAAGGUCGUCUAAGCGCAGUAGGCGAACUUCAUGGUGCGAGUAUGAAGCUC